AUGCCCACGACGCUCCUCAAAGCAAACCCUAGCAAUUUCCGAGCCCUGGUUCAGAAAUACACCGGCCGUUCUACCGGGAUUGACGUUUCCAGAGGAAGAAAAGGUCCGGUGACGUUAGAUUUCAGGUCUCCGGCUUCGGUGUUGAAAGAAGUCAUUUUCCCAAGCUCCGGUGAUCUCCAGAAUCACGAUUGUGCCACUUAUAGGCACCGCGGUUAUGGGGAGAGUCACGUGACCUGUGAACGGGAAGGUACCAAAGCGGCGUCCUAUCAGAUGGGUCAACUAUGUAAUGAUUAUAUGUUUGUGGUGGGUAUGAUGAUCAUGGUCAUCAUGAUAACCAUGAUGAAGGUGAUCUUGUAA